AUGCGAAAAAGUUCACUCCAAUCGGAAAUAUCAUUUGAUAGUAGAGAAGAAAUUACAGUAUUACGUCCAGGUGACUUACCACUUGACUCAACCUCUGAUAAAGUCGAAAAACAUGAAAUUAAUGAGUCUGAAUGCCUUUCCAUCGAAAAUGCUUCGGAAGUUCAAGCAAAUAAUGCAACUUUAAUUAAUGAUGAAAUUAUUUGGCUGGAUACCAAAUUUUCAACAAAUACCAAAGCUAUUCUUAGUACAAACGACACUCAAGUUUCAAUUUCAAAUGAUAAUUUGGACAAACCGAUUAAAAUUGAAAAUUCACAAAUAAAUAAUCAUGAAUCAGGGGGUACGGAAAAUUUAUUAAAACGAAGACCAGGUGCUCCUGCAAAUCUAAACUUAGUUUUCAAACCAAAAAAUAGUGAUAAUGAUCAAAGUUCAACAAUAUUAUCUUCGCGUUCUGACAAUUCUGGAUUAGCGACUGCAACACGAGAAAAUAUAGAAUUACUUAAUUCUGACUUUUCUCAGGUCAAAUCAGAUAGUCUUGGUAAUGAUUUAAAUCCUGAAGAUUCAAAAAAACAAGCACAUUCAUCAUUCACAUCAAUUACUCCCAAACAAAAUCACUGGAAGGAUGUAAAAAAAUAUAUUGGAAAAACUAGUGCAGUUCUUGGUGCUUUACCAAAAGGUGAACUUGAUAGAGACUUGCUCGCUAAAUUGGAAGAGCAGAAUUCUCUAUUGCCUAAACAGAAUUCGGUUGAAUUCAUUUUAGCUCGUAUUGAACGACAAAAUCAACUUUUGGAUAAUGAUCCAAAAUCAGUGUGCAUUCAAUCCAAUGGUCUUAAAGCUAAUUUGGAGACCAUACAAUCACUCAUAGAUGAUAGUACAAAUCCAGCUAUCGAAGGAGAUGAGUUACUUCCAAAUGAAAAGAUCACCGAUUGGGAUUUUUGGUCUGCAUUGAUUCAAGAUUAUACUUCUGUGGCCACAAAACUUCCAGAACUUCUUACAGCAAAAUUACAAUCUGGUGUACCUCCAAAGUUAAGAGGGUUGGUUUGGCAAUCAAUGUGUCAGGCUUCUUCAACUUAUCUAGAAACAAUGUAUUCCCAAUUAUUAUCCGAAUCUUCACCUUAUGAUAAAAUCAUUGAACGUGAUUUGGCACGAACGUUUCCACAUAUAGAUAUGUUCAAAGAAGAAAAUGGAAAAGGGCAGACUGGUUUAUGGAAUAUAUUAAAGGCAUAUAGUUUGUAUGAUCCGUUGGUCGGAUAUUGUCAAGGGCUUGGGUUUUUAGUUGGUCCGAUGUUGAUGAACAUGACUGAGGCACAAGCAUUUUGUGUAUUUGUUCGCUUAAUGGAAACGUAUGACAUGAGGACUAUGUUUACACUCAACAUGGAGGGACUUCAACUCCGCCUUUAUCAAUUCUCAGCACUUCUCGCACAAAUUCUUCCAAAACUUCAUGAACACUUUCAACACCAUGCUAUACAUCCUGCUAUGUUUGCUUCGCAAUGGUUUUUAUCACUCUUUGCUUACACUUACCCUUUGCCAUUAGUACUUCGUAUUUAUGAUAUAGUAUUUGCUGAAGGUGCACCUGAGACAAUUAUGCGUGUAGCAAUUGCAUUAUUGAAGAAAAAUGAAUCCAAUUUACUCUCGUAUGAAGAGUUUGAAGAUCUUUUGGAUUUUCUCACAUCUCGAUUAUAUGAGGCCUACGAUAAUAAACCAACUGGACUCAUUAAGGAUGCUAUGGCAUUAAGUUCAGUAAUAACAAAAGCAAAAUUAGAUCAACUUUCUAAGAGUUAUGUGAAAGAAUUAGAAGAUCAAAAGAAACGAUCCGAAAAAUUAGUUGCUCAAUCUGUCGCCUCUUUACAAUCAGUUACAAAUAUAUCCAAUGAUGUACCAGCUACAAGUGUAUCCAAUGAUGUAUCACUUUCCUCAGACAAUGAUUCAAUAGUAUCUUCGACACCUACGACCGCUUCGUUUGAUAGCAAUAACACAGGACUUUUACAUACACAAAUUGAAGAUUUAGUGACGGCAUUAUCCCAACUUCAAAAGGAGCACGCAGAUGUUCUUGAACAAUUAGUUUGCAUAAAGAUGGAAAAAAUGGAUUUGGUGACAGAGGUUGAAGGGUUAAAAUCACGGUUAAGGGGUGUUGAAAAAGAGAACAAACGAUUAUCUGCAAAUUCUGUAGUAUUUUCAAUCGAUUCUACAACUAUAAGUUUAAGUGAUAUAUCUCGGUUAGAAGAUUCUGAACUAACGCCUCGUCCAUCAACUGAUACAAUGUCACACAAAAUGACAGUAUCAGAUUCAGAUACAGAUAUGCUGACAAGAGCACAACAGUUAGUUUCUACAUUCAUACCUAAGUCACAUGAACGCGAAGAGCAAAGUCCGAACAUUUCGGCUCUUACUGAAGAACUUAUUAAAGUUAAAAUGCAAAAAUUCGAUUUAGUACAAGAGAAUGAAGAGUUACUUAAACGUAAUGAAGAUUUAGAGAGUGCCUUACAAUUAUCUAAACAAGAACAUAUUCUAUUACAAGAAAAAAAUAUCUCACUAUUAGUAGAAAUUGAACGACUUGAUGAAGAAGCAGCACAAGCAGUAUAUGAAAAAAAUUCUAUGGAAUUUGAAAUAAAAGAAGCCAGAGAUAUUAAAGUUCAAAAUGGAAAAUUAAUCAAAGAAGUCGAGAAACUAAAAAAAGAAGUGGAGCAAUUGAAACAAAAAGGAUCAAAUAAAAAUACAUUACAAGAUGCACCCACUAUUAAACAUAGUACAUUAUUUGAAUUUAUCGUUGAAAACGUAGAUGACGCGUCAAUUUCAUCAAGAAGAAGGGAUAGUGAGUCACAGUCAAUAUCAUCGAUAUAUUCAUUACCACAAAACCAAGCUAUGGAAAAUGAAGAAUUUCAAAUUGUUACAACAUGUAAUGGAGAAUGUGAUACUGCAAAAAGAAUUGAUGAAUUGGAGAAAAUGUUAAUAAAUGUAAAAAUGAAAUUGGCCCAAAGUGAGGAAGUUAGGGAAUCCUUGGGAAAUCAAUUAGAUGGAUUAAGACAUUUGGUAAAUGGUUAUAACGAUGAUCUUUCCCCAACAUCGCCAACUCUAAGGCCAAGAAGUCCAAGAAGUGAAAAACGGGCAUCAACAUUGUCUCUGGCCUCAUUUUUUGGUGUGUUGUCAUAUUCAAUGGUCCAAUGGUUCCAAUUGGACAUUGGACGUACAAAAUCCAAUGUUUUUGGCUGGACAUUAGGCGUCCAAGAUCUAAUUGCAAAUAUUGCUAAUGUCAAAAAUCAUGGUUGGACGUUGAAUUGGAUGUCUAAUGUAAAGGUGUCCAAAUAUCCAAUUUUGUCCAAUGAAAUGACAAUCCGAGGUCAUGAAGAUUUGAUUAUUCUAGAGUUCAAUGGGUUACAUGGUCGUUUUCCUGGAAAAGAGAUGAAUAAUUUUAUGUUGGUGUUACAGUAUGCCACUGAUGGUAAUCUAAGAGAAUAUUUACGAAGCAAAAUACAAGAUGGUAUUUACAAAAUUUUAUGGGCUGAUCUUAUUCGGCUUACAAAAGAAAUUACACUCGGAUUAAACUAUCUACACAAUAAAAAAUAA